GUGUGAGCUCGGGUGUUUCGCUGAGCCGAGCCGAGCCGAGCCGGACCAACCCGAGACAGCUGAAGUAGCCGUGAGCUCGUAUAAGAGACAAUUCACCGCAUUUAAAGCCGCGAAGUCUAUUUUAUUUAUUGAAAUAUUUCAGCUAACUGCUUCUUUUGAAUGUAAUUUCUUUUUUCUUUUCUUUUUUUUUUGCAUUUGUUUUGCACGGGAGCGGACCUGUGACAACCUCCCAUCAAAAGUGCAAUCAGUAACCAAGAGCAACUCAAAGAGAAGAAGAAAUGCAGAGAUCAAACGGCCUCUCGUCGGACCGAAACAUCCUGUGUCUGUUUGACGUGGACGGCACCCUGACGCCACCCAGAGAGAAAAUCGACCCACAGCUGGACGAGUUCUUCCAGACUCUGAGGAGGAAAGUGAAGAUCGGCAUCGUGGGAGGGUCCGACUACUCCAAGAUAGCAGAGCAGCUCGGGGAGGGGGAUGACGUGAUACACAAGUUUGACUAUGUAUUUGCUGAGAACGGGACAGUGCAGUACAAAGAUGGGAAACUCCUCUCAAAACAUGCGAUUCAGAACCAGAUAGGUGAGGAGCUUCUGCAGGACCUGAUCAACUUCUGCCUCAGCUACAUGGGGCUCAUCAAGCUGCCGAAGAAAAGGGGGACGUUCAUUGAGUUCAGGAAUGGAAUGAUCAACAUUUCUCCCAUUGGUCGGAGCUGCACGCCGGAGGAGCGAAUCGAAUUCUCCGAAAUCGACAAGAGAGAGAAGAUCAGGGAGAAAUUUGUUGCUGCCCUAAAAGAGGAGUUUGCUGGAAAGGGACUACGGUUCACUAAAGGUGGUCUCAUCAGCUUUGACAUUUUUCCGGAGGGCUGGGACAAGAGACUGUGUCUGGAGCUGCUGCAGAGUGAAGGCCUGGACGCCAUCUACUUCUUUGGCAACGAGACCUCAGAUGGAGGAAAUGACUAUGAAAUUUUCAACGACCCGCGGACCAUCGGCUUCACAGUCUACUGUCCGGAGGACACGGCCAGACUCUGUCGGGAGCUUUUUUUUGAUGCACCACACGAGUCAUGAUGCACUGAACUACCCCACCCCCCCUCUCCUCCUAUGCCCCCGGUCCCUUUACCCACAAGCCCCUCUGAACUCCCACAUGUAUGACUCUGCUGGUACGACACCAGGCUUUUUAUGAACUGCUAAAAGCUAAACUACUGAUUUUCUCCAUGUUUUUUUUUUAAAAGGGACAGUAACUGAAGUGUUACAUGUUGAUGUGUGAGGUUUUAAUGCUGUGUUUGACUGCAGAGUCACACCUCUGCGAUGUGUAGCAUAUAACAUAAAGAUAUAACAUAAAGUUAACCAAAUGCUUGAGAGAUUAUGAAAUGAAAGUUAAUACUCCACAUUACUUUAUAUGUAUCUAUAGAAUGAUGUUUUGCACUAAUGUUGGGAUGAUUUUAUACCAGUGGUUGGUAUCGUGUUGUUGAAUACUUCUAAAGGAGAGAGAUUUUAAAACAGGUGACUUUUGCUUGUUGUUUUGUGAGUAAAGCGUUAAAGAAGAUGUGGACCUUUCCCCCUCUCGAGGAUAUAUGAAUCAUUCCAGGUGUUUUAACGUCUCUACAGCUCUGAGGUGGAUGAAAUUUGUUGAUGGUAAAACCUCAAUGAAAGACGUUUGCUAGUGUUGCUCAUUUUGCUUCAUUUAAGUGACAAUUUAUGAGAUUUAUAUUUCAAAUUGAACAUUACUGACUCAAUGGAUUCAUCUUAACCAGUGAAUUAAGCUACUGUGACCAAGUCACUCUACAAACUUUUGUCAGUCAGUUUCGACAGCUUUUUAUGUAAAAUAUUUUUACAAGCUGUAUCAUGGCCUGCACGCUGUUGUACACGUGGUGACUGUAUGUAUUGAUGCUUAUUGCUUGAUUCCUUGUUGCAAAGGGUUAUGCUGUUUUCAACAGCUGCUUUUUUUUUUCUUUAAAUACGUUUUAAAAAUGUGAAAACUGCCAGUUUAAUUUUCCCAUAACAAGUUGAUGGAUGGAUCGUUAUUGUGAAUACAAGACUUUUGAUAAGUCACAUACAUCAGCUGCAGUCUUGUGUCUGACUGUAAACACUCUUACAUCAGAAGGAUCAUGUACAGACUUACAUGCACAGCGGAGAAUUUACUGCGUCUCUGAUUCUAACUGUAAGAUUGAUCAUGUUGCUUUUCAGUCAUUUGUUGAUAAAAAUGUAUUUUAUGUAAUUCACUCAUUCAUUGUAAUACAUCUUUUUUGAUAUCAUU